GAUGGACAUCAAAACGGCACUGUUUUGAGAUUAUGAGGCUCACAUUUGUGAGUUCACUGCUGGAAAAUUCGAGAUCCUACAACAACAGGGUUUGGUUUGUCUCUGUCAUCAUCUUGCUCUCUGUCUCAAAACCAGCCUCUAUAAUUCAAACAUAAAGUAACUUAAGUUAAACUCUCGCAAUUUCGAAGAACCUUCCUUUACCCAUUUCAGCCCCACACUCAAACUUCACCCUUUCAUUUUCAAACCACCUUUUCUUAACAAUAAUAUCGUAAACCCAAAUCCGAACUCUCUUGUCUUGUCUCGUUCUAAUGGGUGGUGCCGUUUCAACUCCUCAGACACGUAAGUUUCCUGUUCAAACAUUGGAAACUAGCGACCCUCCUCUUCGGCCGUCGAAGCUUCUUGUUAACGUUACUAUCGAGAACACGCUGGGCGCAAUUCAGGUGCUGAUGUCGCCGGAAAAUACCGUUGGCGAUUUAGUAAAGGUAGCAUUGAUGACUUACGAUAAGGAGAAGAGAAGACCGCUGUUGAAAGACACCGAUCCAAAACACUAUCAACUUCACUAUUCUCCUUACACCCUCCAAAGUUUGAUGGAAAAUGAAAAAUUGAAGAACUUGGGGUCAAGGAAUUUCUUUCUAUGCUCAAAUUAAGUCUGUUCAUUCUAGAGAGCAUAUGAGGAUUUGAUUCGGCAUUUCAUUUGAAGAUUUUUUGCUCACAUUUUUUUGGAUUCAUGCCAUUAUUGAGAGAUUAAGGUUGUCGCGGUUCAUGGAAUCUGGAUCGGCCAGUUUGUGACGAGCGAGGAACAUUGCACAUUCGUUGAUUCAAUGUAUGAUUGAACAUUUUUGAGAGACAAAAUCUCAUGUAUGUUGUGAAAGGGUAACGUGAAAUGAAAAUAAUACACUUUGGAUUUUUGUUUA